UCCUCUCGUCAGAUUUUAAAUUAUAUUUUAAUUUUGUAUCCAACGAAGAUAAAAUAUAAUGCAUUUAAUUCAAUAUUAAUGAAAUAUACCUCGAUAUUCAUCUUAUUGACCUUGCGGUCCUUUUCAUUACUAAAAUAUAAAUCAUGUGUGAUAAAGUUAAUGGGAUUUUGCAGUUGGUUGCCAGAGAUGGAAAUCACAAUAAGAUAAAAAAUGGAAACCAUCAAAAAUUAAGUCAUAAUUGCAAACAAAAUAAAGGAUUAGUUAAAAACGCAUUGCAAUCUUAUGUCCACAAAAAUACAUAUAUAAAUGAAGGAAAUAUUAAUGAAUCAUUUUCACAAUGUAUAAUUGAUGAUAAGCUGGAAAAAUCUGUUUUCAAAUAUUUGCAUAAAAAUGAAAAGAACACAUCACUAAUAUAUAAUAAUGAUAUUAAAAUAGAUGGCAAUCAAUUUAGAAAACAUCAAAAUUUUAAACAUAAUACAAAUCUUUAUGAGGGAAACACUAAAGAUAGCAACUAUUCUAGCAAAUGGGACAAGCCAGUUUAUAAUUUUGUUAGAAACUAUGACAAACAACAAUUUUUAUUGGCUCAUUGUCAAUUUAUUAUAUUGAGGGAAAAUAAGUUAGAUAGCACCUUUUAUACAAACCCUGAUCUAUUCAUAGAAUGGCAUAUUAUUCAACAAUUGAUAAUCUGGACUCAAGAAGAUCCAUUUUGCCCCAUAUGCUUGUCUACCCCAAUUCCAGCCAAAUUGACCAAAUGUGGACACAUUUUUUGUUGGCCCUGCAUUCUGCAUUACCUGGAUUUGAGCGAAAAAUAUUGGCGGAGAUGUCCCAUAUGCUAUGAAUCUGUUAAAAGGGACGAUUUGAAAAGCGUAAAGAUUAAAAGAGUAUCUAAACAUAAAGUAGGAGAUAUGAUAACCAUGAUACUAAUGAAACGCAGAAAGGGUUCUAUAUGCAUUCAAAAUGUAAUCGCCGAUGAGCUUAACUUAUCUGCCGCAACUUAUGAAAAAGAUUUGGAAAUGAGCGAUUUUGCCAAGAUCAUCAGCGUUAGAAAGGCUUAUGUCUAUAACGAGAUUUUGGAACCAGAUAGGGAAAAUUUGUUAGCCUUGUCUGAAGAUCCUGAUAAUAUUAGCGAAAUUCCUUAUAUAACCGAAGCAUUGGAGGCUUUGCAGAUAAAACGAAACGCGCUAGGACCCAUCAAUGAACACUGGUUGGGAGACAAAAACGAAUUCGGAAAUUUAGAUGACACCGAAAUUAUUUCGACAGACAGCGAAGAUUGUUACUACUUUUAUCAAUCUAUAGACGGACAACCAUUAUACCUCAAUCCUAUCAACUUUAAAAUGCUUUUAAGGACUAAAGAGGAUUGCAACGAUUCGACUAACCAUAAUUCCUUUAGCAAUUUUAAAGACGGGACUUACGAAUGUAAAGUCAAUGACAAUGAUAAUAAAUGCGAAAAAUUUGAUUGGACUGAAUGGCCCCCCGUUUUGAAAGAUAUGAUGAUAGUAGAUAUGGAGAGCCGGGUUCAAACUUUGGAAUUUAGAAAGCGAUUUAGAUUUCUUUCUCACCUGCCUUUGUUCAAAGAAUUAAAAUUUGUGGAAGUAUCAUUUUUAGACAAAACGCUUAAAUUGGAAGAUUCAAACAUACGAGAAACUGAUCUUAAAUAUGUGACACUUAGCUCUUGGCAAAGAUAUUUACCUGCAUUGAAAUCACGUGCUCGCAUUAAAAUUUUGACAGAACAAAGGAAUAAAUUGAUCGAGAAAAGAAAUCUACGUAAACGUGACAAACAUGACGCAUCGCUGUUUAACCAAGGCGAAUAUAUUCUGUCAGAUAUAGCCGAUAUAAAUAUAAACAGUGAAAGUGAUUUUCCUGCCGCUCUUCCCAACCAUCCAAGCCCAGAUGAUAAUGAAAGUAAUAUACCUUCGAGUUCGACUAGUAAUUCUGCUUGGAAUCGUAACAAUGAUAUAAAUUUGGAUAAUCAACAGCUCCCACAUUUAUCGUUUUCUCAACUUCUCAAACAAUCAAAUGAUCGCAAUGAUUGGCAAGAUGUGUCGAAAAUUAAAUACAUACCCCUUUUAACUCCUAAAUGUAGGAAAAAUUAUUCUCUAUGUUCCGACGAAGAAUUAGAUGCUCAAAAUAAUUUCGAGGAUCCAGAACUUUCUUAUUAUAUAUGGAAUUCUAGUAAUCAAGCUAAACGAAAUAUGAAUAAAAUUAAUCUAUCAGAUUUUAUUUGUAACGAACCGAAAGAAGAAAGGGAUUUACCCAAAUUGGAAGAGAUAAAGAAAGUCAACAAAAAAAGAAAUAAAUACAUAAAUUUGGAAUUAUAAAAGAUUACCUUAUAAAAUAAUUAAUUUGUUAUUUUAAUAUAUAAAACAAAAAAGUUAAAUGUAAUUUUUACAUUUUUAUGAACUUUGAAAAGCUAUUAUUACUUUUAUGUUUUCGCGAAAAU